CACAGUGCGAACACGCGAAGCGAGCAGUCAAAAAUACUAUCAAAGAGCUGUAAUUAAACGAACUCGAACACGAAAACGCAUUGAAGAAUAAUUCGGAAUACGACUUUAAAGACACGAAAAAUACGGAAAUAAACAUUUUGCAAAAAUGUACACCGACACAAAGAAUCUCGCCCAUCAGCUGGCGGAUAUGAGCCUCACAGCAAACGCAAGCACAACUUUACCACCCACCACCGCGCCAGCGGAGAAGUCAAAGCGAAAGCUUUGUAAAUUGUGGCGUCCCCUUUUGCGUCUGAUGGCAGCACGCAAGCGCAGCAACACAACAAACGGAAACUGUGGAAAUGUCUCCAGUUUACAACACCCAAACAAUGUGCAUCUUAACAAUGCCACUACAGCGGCGAAAGCGCACACCACCGCCCACACCGCCACCACCUGCCCUGGUGAGGAGUGGCCCACCACGCUAAUCGAAGACUAUGCCAGUCUGAUGCGCAAAAUGAGCUGCAAAGAGGAGUGCAAUCAUGGCGCGCGGGAGACAACAGCCACAGGCACAACCAGCACCACCAUGCAACGCGAAUGGGAGCGCCCCUGUCAGGCGAGUGCCAAAUUUGCAACAACAGUUAUCAGCAGCGCUAGCAUCGAGAAGACACCGCCCAGCACGUGUGCGCACUGUGUCUAUGGGCGAAAUUGUCAGCACGAGCAAUUUCAUCAUCACAUCUGCGAUGCAGCGGCGACACAAGCCUCAACCACAACCACAACCGCAACCGCAACGCCAGCGGCCGCAAACACAGUGGCUGGCACAGUAGUAGCUGCUUCACACCGUUUACCCGCUGUGACAGACGCCGCGGCGUUGCUGAGUCAGCACGCGCUUGCCGCCGACCUGCCCAUUCAAUUUAUUCACACCGAAGAUGGCACCUUCUUCUGGACGAACGCGCAGGAGAAAAUCGAUGAUGACCUGCUGACAGCAUGGCUGUGUCAGAGUUGGCGUCAGCUGCCUGUGCCGGCUGCAGUGCUGUGAGCGGUGGUGGUGUUAAUAGCGCCACAUUAAGCUUUCAUUUGUGUGCCUUUCCUGUAUACUUUCGUGCUGUGUUAGCUGAGAGGCAAGCGGCACUAUUCGUUACAUUCAUCAGGGAUCUCAUUGUUAUUUAGUUUAAAUUAUUUUAUUCAUUUACUUAAGUAUAUGUAUGUAUGUAAUAGUAUGUAAUGCUUACUACAUUUUAUUUAACAAAACAAAAGAAAUAUGAAGCGGAUGGGGAGGGGUGAAAGUAACAACAUAUUUACAACGCACAUAAGAAUGCCUCUUUGCAAUAUAAUUAUUUGUGAUAUGCUUUAACUAUUUUUUUCAUGGAAAUUUUAACGUAGUUUUCGAAAAAAAAUAUAUACAACAAUA